UAGUUUAUCAAUUGUUAGGGUCGGGUCGAAAGAAAUUGAUAAAACAUGGAAAGAACCCGCCAAGUGCUAAGAAAUUGUUCGGGUCGGGUCGGAAGAAACUGAUGAGCUUUCGACAUCGUUAAAGCAGGGGACCUCUGCCCUACAAUUAACAGAGGACAUUCCUUGUAGGAAGCAAUGGCGCUUCCUUCGGCAUUUCGUGAAAGAGUGGAACAAAUGGAGCAAACUAGAAACGAGCGUCUCUCUCUUCUUCGUUCGGAGGAAGAGCUUCAGCACAGCAAGUCUCAGCACUUAGCCUCCCGAUUUUCCAACAUCACAUCCAUCGAACAGCGUUGCCUCAAACUUGAUCGCAAAAUUGCUUCUCAAUACUUCACUAUCUCUUUUCUCAAAUCUAAAUCCCUCCAGCUUCAUGCUCAGUAUCUCCACGAUUUUCAGAAAUACAGGGAUUUGAAGGAUGAAGUGGAGGAAUUGGAGGAAAUUGAGAAGGAGAAACUGAGGUAUUACAGUUUAGAAUGUGGAGAAAUGGAGAAAUUUAAGGAAAAAGUGGGAGAUUUCAUGGUUGAAUGCCAAUUACAAUUGGAAGAACUGAGGAAGACGAUAUCUUCUUCAGGACAAGUUCAAGGUAAGUUGAAUCAUUCAAAUAAUACUGAGAUUGCUACUGUUGACAUGAGAAAGAAAGAACUUGCUGAUAUUAAAGAGAAUUUGGAGAAAAGCUUGGCAUUGAAUUACCAAGUGCAAGAGCAGUUAACAAAGCAACUUGUCAGUAUAUUGAUGGAACAAAGCCAAGAGAAAAAGUGAUUUUUGAAGGCACACUGCAAAAAUGCAGAUUUAGAAAAGAGGUUUCAAUAUGCAUUUUUUGCUUAUGGCGCUUCAAUCAUUGGAUGGACCAACUGUAAACCGAUAAUAAUGAUAGAUGCAACAUUUUUGAAGUCAAAAUAUCGUCGUGUCCUCAUGAUAGCAGUGUCAAAGGACAAAAACAAUGACAUUUUCUUUGGCGUUUGAAAUUGCAGACUCAGAAAAUAAUGAGGCUACUAAGAUUUUCUAGUAACAUAAAAAUUUUAAUUUCAAUCAAGAUUUAAUUUUUCCAUGAAAUCAAGAAUGUGGGGUUAUUCAAAAUUCACUUAGUAACACACAACUAACAAAAUUAAAACUUCUUAACUAUACAACCACCAAUCUGACAAAUCCCUAAACAUAACUCUCAAAAAUACAAUAACUUUGUAUUAUGAGCUAAACCUUAAACGUAAACAACAAAAAGAGAUUCAAACACCCAAUUCAAAAAUAACGCAUACAAAAAAAAAUAAGAUAAAAUACAUGUAAAUGAUAAACUGAAUUUAGUAGAAACUUACAUCAAUAAUGAUGUCAAUUAAGUUUGAAGGCAAAAGUCCCGAAGAAUUGGAAGCAACAUCCACUGAGAAAUACUCUAUUUCUUCAUCAGAAGCAACAUACAUUUUUUUCUGGUAAGCGAGUUUGAAGAUUUUAAGAAAAAUCGGAUAAAGAGAGAGUAUUUGAGAAAUAAGGGAAAAAGAUGAAAGAUGAGGAUGAAUAUCUGAGUAAAUUUUUGGGAAAAAAAAAAAGAGAAAUAAAAAAAACUCUAAAUAAAUGUUAAAGUUAAAAAAGUUAAAAGAAGGAAAAAAAAAUGAAGAAAUAGAUAAUGGUUGAGAAAAAAAAAAGAGACAAAAAAAAUAAAGGUUGAGAUAAAUAAAUUAAAACAUGAAAAUAAAGUUAAAAGAAAAAAAUAAAAAUUUAAAAUAAAAAAAAAAUAACAAAUUUAAAAGGAAAAAAUAAAAAAG